AACUCUUCGCGCCAUUUUGAACAGUUGACUGUUGUUGUUCGUUCUGUUCGACAUGGUUUUGAUGUUGGCCGUUCAUGCUUUCUAAACUACAGAACAUUUUAAAGGCCUUGACAAUGGGACGAAAGGGCGGCUACUAUGCCGUACGGACUGGAAGGAAGACGGGAAUAUUUCAAACAUGGGCUGAGUGUGAGAGUUAUGUCAAAGGCUUUCCUGGUGCUAGAUAUAAGAAGUUUUCCACUGAAGAUGAGGCUGAAACAUUUGUAUCAGGAUCUGGAUUUAGUGGAUCUUCAACUGUUUCAGCCCCAUAUGAAAGCAGGAAACGAACUUACUAUGAGAUGUCUGAGAGUAACCACUUUGACAACACCUUCAACAGUAGCUAUAACAACUACUCCAACCCAAGAGGGGUCAAGUACUACAAACAAAGUUUCAGUAGCUCAGUAGCAAGUUCAGGCUGGACCAGCUGGCCUUCCUUGUCUUCAUCUUCAAAUAGUAGGGAGUCCUCGUCAAACAGUCGCCCUGUCGUGUAUACUGAUGGUUGCUGCUCAAAGAAUGGUAGAAAUGGUGCCAGGGCUGGUAUUGGUGUAUAUUGGGGCCCUGAGAAUACCAGGAAUAUAAGUGACCGUCUUGACGGAGAACAAACCAACCAAAGGGCAGAAAUAAUGGCUGCUGUCAAGGCUCUGGAGACAGCCAAAGAUCUGGGACAUAAAACAUUGGAAAUCAAGACUGAUAGCAAAUACACUAUAAAUGGAGCUACAGAUUGGUGUGUGAAAUGGAAGAAGAAUGGUUGGAAGACAGUAAAUGGAACAGAAGUGAAAAAUAAGAAUGAAUUUCAGAAACUGUCCAAGCUUUGUGAUGAAAUUGAUGUCAAAUGGACUCAUGUUCCUGGACACAAAGGCAUUGCAGGAAAUGAAGCAGCGGAUAGUCUUGCCCGGGCAGGAGCCACAAAAUGAAGCCAUGUAGCUUGGCUUAAAGAAAUAUACAGUUUUUCACAUUUCACAUAGAUUUUGAUGUUUAAUUUUGUACAUAAGCCCUUGUCUUCACUACCCCCUGCACAUUGGUAAUUGGUAAAUGUUUGCAGUUUCUCUUGAAUUUGAUUGUUGUCUAACACUUAAAGGAAUAUAUUAUUCUGUUGGUUAGAGUUAAAAAAAUAAAUAAAUAAUGUUAUUGUUUAAAUCAUUAUUAAUUACAUCUUAGGAAAGCCUCAAAUAAUAGGAUAAACGGAGAUAAUAAUCACCAACAGGAGGCAGUCUUCUGUAUUUGGAGGAAUAAUGACAUGAACAAGAUCAGUAAUGUUGUUUAAGUGAUUAUUUUUUUUUAGCAGAUAAUUGGUUUCUGUGUUCAUAUUAAGAAAGUGUCUUUACCCUUUUGCCUAAAAUUGUGCAAAAGACAAGUUCAGUUGAGAAUUAAUACCUCAUCCAAAAGAAAUUUUUAUAAAUUUUGUUGUCUCUUCCUCUCUCACAGCUACCUUUGAUACAAAAAUAAUUUCAUCAAGAAUUAUUAGUGUGAAAUACAUUGUAAGUUAGAAAAUUAUGUAUAAAUUAUAAAUGUGAUCAAAACAUAUAAUUUGUGUGAAUAAAUAGAUUAGAGCAGCAGAUGUUUUUCUUAUUCUCUUUGUGAGAUUUGUAAGCUGGCGGGAGAUGGGGCAGAGGCAGUGGCAGGGGUAUGGGAGACAGGUGGUUAUGUUACAGGUCAAGCGGCAUUGGAGCAAGGCGAAAAAGGGCGCGAGUCUUGAGAAAAAGAUAUGGGAGGCAGAAGAACAGACAAUGGGAAGCAGUUCUGAACCCCCCACCUUGCCCGCCCCACUGUUAGUGGAUGUCCUAACUUUUCUAUGCUUGGCAUUUGCUCAAGCCAACAUUAAAAAAUCAACUUGUG